AUGUGCAGGAACCCCGAGAGCAUGAGAGACAGUGAUAAAAAAGAGGGUGUGUUUGGCACCAAGACAAAUGAAAUACAGUCAGUGUCAGUGAUGGAGGGAGAUUCUGUCACUCUAAACACUGAUGUUACUGAAAUACAUGAAGAACAAGACAUACUGUGGAAAUAUGGAGCUGAAAACUCUCUGAUAGCUAAAAUCAGCAAAGAGACUCAGAUCUUCUCCACAUAUGAUGAUGUUCCUGAUGGGAGAUUCAGAGACAGACUGAAGCUGGACGAUCAAACUGGAUCUCUGACCAUCACACACACCACAACUGAGCAUGCUGGAGUUUAUCAACUAGAGAUAAAGGGAAAGAAAAUAACAUCAAAAACAUUCAGUGUUUCUGUCUAUGCUCAUCUGCCUGUUCCUGUCAUCAGUAGAGACUGUUCAUCAUCAUCAUCAUCAUGUUCAUUGGUGUGUUCAUCAGUGUUGAAUGUGUGUGAUGCGACUCUCUCCUGGUACGCAGGAAUGAGUGUAUUGUCCAGCAUCAGUGUGUGUGAUCUCAGCAUCAGUCUCUCUCUACCUCUGGAGGUGGAAUAUCAGGAUAAAAACACCUACAGCUGUGUGCUGAACAAUCCCAUCAGCAACCAGACCACACAUCUGGACAUCACUCAAUUCUGUCACACAUGUGCAGGUACAGCAGCACUGAUCAUAUAUGAUUUGGGAUCUUCUGGAUCUGCAGGAAUCACAGAAAAACUGACCAAGAAGGCAAGUGUAACCUAA